GCCCAUUUUACAGACUUGCGUGACAUAUUGAAAAUACUCAUUUUACCAAAUUAAAAGCUGCAAAGCUAUUUAUCAAGAAAGGUGCAUUAAUGGUUUGUGGUACUAAACAGUACACUUCAGGAAAGGUAGCUAACUGUUUCCUAUCACAGCUGUGCUACUCAAUGGUUUGUGGUACUAAAAAGUAGGCUUCAGGGAAGGUAGCUAACUGUUUCCU